GGAGCAGGCUGUCACUGUCGCCGGGGCAGGGAGCUCUGCGAGGCUCUAAUUAGUCAGUCUCACGGGGAGGGGCCGGGUGACCUCACGCUGGCCUGGACUCUGCGGCCAUUUAGCCGGUUCCCUUUGCAGUGGAGGCCGCGCUGCAUUCCAAGUCCUCGAGGCGUUUACGCAGCUGAUAAAGCCAACUCCAGCGUGAAAUUGAGGGCCUUCAUUACCGAAGAAGAUGCGCGCCCCAAUGCCAGAGCCCCAGCCUGGAGACCUGAUCGAGAUUUUCCGCCCUUUCUACAGACACUGGGCCGUCUACGUUGGCGAUGGAUAUGUGAUCCACCUGGCCCCCCCAAGUGAAAUCGCGGGAGCUGGUAUGGCCAGUGCCAUGUCUGCGCUGGCCGACAAGGCCAUAGUGAAGAAGGAUCGGCUGUGCGACGUGGCCGGGAGAGACCGGUACCAGGUCAACAAUAAGCACGAUGGCAAGUACGCGCCGUUGCCUCCCAACAAAAUUGUCCAGCGGGCGGAGGAGCUGGUGGGCCAGGAAGUUCUCUACAAGCUGACCAGCGAGAACUGCGAGCACUUCGUCAACGAGCUGCGCUACGGGGUCCCCCGCAGUGACCAGGUCAGAGAUGCCAUCAAGGUAGCUGGCAUCGCAGGAGUGGGCCUGGCAGCCAUGGGCCUCAUUGGAAUCAUGUUCUCAAGAAACAAGAAACAAAAGCAAUGACUUGAAGGGACUCUCUUGUCAGCAGUGAAUUUAUACAUUAAGGGGGCCUUCUUUGCUAGAGGGUUUGAGGUUUGGUUUGUGGAUUUAUUCUGUUUUACAAUAAGGCUUAUUUUCACAGAAUAAAAUAAAGCCCAAUGAAGGAGGAUUUUAUUGGGGGAAAUGCA